AUGCAUUGGUUUACUACUUUGGUAGCGAUUAUAGCUUUCGCUGCAAUUGUUGCAAAGCAUUCAUCAGUUGCAACAUACGAUUCUUACAGCCAAGCAUUGCGUCGACGAAUUAAUGGUUACAAUGAUGACGAGCGUGGGCAGUACAAUAUGUUUUUACGACGUGUCGCGGAACAGCUAGUUGAUGAUGAAAAUAGUGGCGACAGCUUUCGCGCUACAAUGCGAAACCAUGGUGACCCAGCUGUAUGCUCAAGUCCAUGUCAAAACGGUGGCACUUGUACUGCUCCAAAUAAGUGUACAUGUCCAUCACAAUACACUGGUGCAACAUGUGGAAACCCGGUAUGCUCAACUGCAUGCCAAAACGGUGGCACUUGCACUGCUCCAAAUACAUGUACAUGUUCAUCACAAUACACUGGUGCUACAUGUGGAACGCCGGUAUGCUCAACUGCAUGCCAAAACGGUGGCACUUGCUCUGCUCCGAAUACAUGUACAUGUUCAUCGCAAUACACUGGUGCUACAUGUGGAACCCCUGUCUGCGCAAGUCCGUGCCAAAACGGUGGCACUUGUACUGCUCCAAAUACAUGUACAUGUUCAUCACAAUACACUGGUGCUACAUGUGGAACCCCUGUGUGCUCAACUGCAUGCCAAAACGGUGGCACUUGUACUGCUCCCAAUACAUGUACAUGCGCAUCGCAAUAUACUGGUGCUACAUGUGGAACCCCCGUAUGCUCAAGUCCGUGCCAACAUAGUGGCACUUGUACUGCUCCAAAUACGUGUACAUGUCCAUCGCAAUAUACUGGUGCUACAUGUGGAACCCCGGUAUGUUCAACUGCAUGCCAAAAUGGUGGCACUUGCACUGCUCCAAAUACGUGCACAUGUUCAUCGCAAUACACUGGUGCAACAUGUGGAACCCCUGUAUGCUCAAGUCCAUGCCAAAACGGUGGCGCUUGCACUGCUCCAAAUACGUGUACAUGUUCAUCACAAUACACUGGUGCAACAUGCGGAACGCCUGUGUGCUCAAGUCCAUGCCAAAAUGGUGGCGCUUGCACUGCUCCAAAUACGUGCACAUGUCCAUCGCAAUACACUGGUGUAACAUGUGGAAACCGUGCUUGGAUCAAGUUGGCAGGUCAAGGUGGAUUGAAUGUGGCCGCUUGUCCAUUUAUGAACAGUGUGGACGGCAAAAGUUUGUCACAAUGUGAGAGCGCAUGCGAGAGUACAAAUGGUUGCACUGCAAUUGACAUAAGUAGUAGUGGACAUUGUACAUUCAGACGAUGUAAUAUACAGAAUCCAUCACCUGACUCGGAUACAACGUAUACCUCGUACAUAAUGGCAGGUAUAGCUACACAUAAACGAAGAACUGAUGUUGUCACAAACCGUGCUUUUAAGGAUGAUCUUUUUCUUGAUGUUCUUCGUCGUAUCAAUGAUGCUCGCGAUGACAGUGAAGAUGAUGAUCGUCGCCCUACACCUGUAUCAAAAGCUGCAACAAAAACUGAAACAAAAACUGCACCAGCAACUGCAACAACAACUGCACGUAAGGGUGUUGGGUGUGAGUGUGGAUGACGACGAUAGGGUUGAAGAGACAUUCAUACCCAUACCCGCAGUAUUUUUGUUCAUCAUCAGUAACGAUUUAAAUAGCUAUGAAUAUUUUUAAAUAGCAGUAGACAAGUUUAAAUAGUGCUGGAGAUCAAAUAGCUGAUGAGCAGAAGAUUAAAAAGGUCUACAGCUAAGUAGAAGUCUAGUACAUAUUUUUCUUUGUGAUUUUGCAGAGAUUGUUUAUAUAACAAAAAUUGUAUCUUUUUUGAGAAUGAGCCGUACAAUUAGUCGUUACAAUGAUGGCGAGUCAGAAGGAGAAGAACUCUUUAGAGCUCUCUAUAAUACAAUUCUUAUUUUAUGUUUCAUCUAGAUCUAUCAAUAACCUCAAGAUGCACAGAGA